CCAUUGACUCAACCGUAUCCCACAUACAUAUAAAAUCCAACCCGCAUUCAACCUUCCGGAUUCCUUUCAACCCAUCCAAAUAAAAUCAUAAACGAUAGAUAAAUCUUGAAAAUACCAUCAAGAUAAACAUCUCGCAAUACCCUUGAGACCCCGCUCAACGUCAAAGGAAACAACCCCGCCAUCAUGAACUUCCUCCACAGUACUCUCGAUAGACUUCGAGAAUUUACCCCCGUUUCUAAUACCUCAACCUUUCGCACCAAUGGUCAGAUCACACCAGAAGAAUUUGUAGCAGCUGGAGAUUAUUUGGUAUUCAAGUUUCCAACAUGGUCAUGGGCUGAUGCAUCCCCAACAAGCAAGCGCGCCAACUAUCUACCAGCUGGCAAGCAGUUUCUAGUUACCCGUGGCGUGCCUUGCCAUCGCAGACUCGAUGAUGAUUUUGCAGGCGAUGCAGGUCAUGAUGAAACUGUUGUUAGAGAUGGGGAGGAUUUCAGAGGCGAUGGUCCUCACUCUCCAGGCGAUGAUGAAGAUGGUUGGCUGAGGACUGGAGGAUUGGCCGCCAGUCAAGAAGCCCGUGUGAGAGAUGUGCGAACAGUAGAUGAGAGCGGUGAAAUGGGCGAGAGAGAAGAUGAUGAGGAUGAUAUUCCAGAUAUGGAGGAUGACGAUGAUGACGAUGAAGCUAUUAUUCGUGACCCUAAGGCUGACAAUGCAAGUUCAUCUCGUCGAACAUAUACCAUCUACAUCGCAUACACACCCUAUUACAGAACCCCUCGACUAUACCUCUCAGGAUAUCUCUCAAGCUCCCAACCCCUCCCACCACACCUUAUGAUGGAGGAUAUCGUAGGGGACUAUAAGGACAAGACCGUCACUUUGGAAGACUUCCCAUACUUUAGCAACAACAUCAAGAUGGCCUCCAUCCAUCCUUGCAAACAUGCCAGUGUUAUGAAGACCCUUCUGGAUCGUGCAGAUGCGGCCUUAAAGCUUCGACGAGAGAAGCAAAGACAAGGCAAGGCAGUACCGGGUUCUAAAGAUACCGGAAUGGAGGGCCUAGUUGACGAUUUCGAGAAGACCAAAAUUGGUGAUAAGAAGGCUGUCCUCGAAGGUCUGAAAGCUGGUGGGAAUGGCAACGAUGAGUGGGAGGUAUUGCAACAUGAUCAAGAUUUUGCCAAUGAGGAGGAAGAAGUUGCUAUCCGUGUGGACCAAUAUCUCGUUGUAUUCUUGAAGUUCAUGGCAAGUGUGACACCAGGUAUUGAGCACGACUUUACUAUGGGUGUCUAAGCGGUGAUGUCUUUGUUUUAUGCGCAAGCUCAGGAUGAUGGGAAACGGCUUUGGGGAACUUAUUUUUGAUUAUUCUUCGAUCUGCAGCGAAACGGAGCAAUCCUUACGAGGAGUUUGGAGCGUUUCGGAUAGUUCUUUGCACUAAUAGCACCACAUAUCAUAACAUUGUAGAGAAAUUAGGAUUUGAGUAACAGGCAUCUGUGCUCAUUUUGUGCUUGUGAUACUUAUGUUUGAGUGA